AUGGUUGCAGCUUUAUUCGGUAUGAAAACCUUUAGACCGUAUCUCUAUGGCAGAGAGUUCACUCUUGUCACCGAUCACAGACCGCUAGUUUGGGCGGGAAAAAUAAAUACAAACGCGGACGCUUUAUCGCGUAAUCCGAUAAUCGAAAACCGUGAAACGUAUCCUAUUAAAAUUAAAUGGCGACCCGGUAAACCAGGGAUCGCUAGAUUAAGGACUUCAGAUCCUUCAGAUGAUGAAUCAGAUAAAUCAAUAAAUCUCCCUGAUUACUCUGACGUAUCAUCGUCAUCAGGAGACAUUUAUGAUGCGGUAGCUCUGAGAAAAAAACUCAUGAAAUAUAACCCUUCGUGUUUAAGUGACGAUUCUUAUUUAACUGAUUUCGGGUUGUCUUAUAUAAAUUCUCCAAAACGUAAAAAUUCACGUAAUUUAACUCCAUCACCUCAAUCUCUAAAUCCACAGACACCUAAAAGUCACACAAACACAAAUACUCCAUUACCAUUAUCACCAAACGUACGAACACAAAAUACAUCCACACAUUCAGACCUAAAUAUACAAACAAAUAAGAGAAACACAAAAAUUGAUAAAAAUAAACCUAUUCCUUCUCAAAUUAAAAGAACGACCAAGAUGGCAGAAUUUACACCUUCUCCAGCAAUACGUACACGUAGGAAAGUAAAUAGACAAAGCAAAAAAAUUGAAAAAAUAAUAAUUCCAGAAACUUCAGACGACGAAUCAAACACUGACGAAACAGAAAUGACUGACUCAAAAAUAUAUUCCGAACAUUCAAAUGACAUUAGCACUGAAUCACCAAUUGAGACAAUCCCUAUCACUCCUAGAACUCCUAUUAAACCCAAAUCCGUAAAUAAUAAAGACAUGGGAGGUGCAAUCCCAUGGUCUUCUGACGAAGGAGGCGACCACCCAAGAAUUAUGGACGUCUCUACGUUAAUUCAUAAUGAACAAGAAAAUAAAAUAAAUAUGUCAACUAACGACAUAAUAGGAAAUGUUUUCACAACAGAACCCAUGAUAAUAGAAUCACCCGACGAAACAACAACUACCAAAAACAACACAUUAACACAGAAAAAAAUAGUCAAUAAAAAUACAGUAAAGACACAAACAAAUACUACUAAAACAAACCCAAAUUUAAAUAAUACUGACAAAAACAGACCUCACGGUACUGAUACGGAACAAAUACAUACUAAUAAAAUUACACCAGAACUACGUAGAUCAACUAGAAAACGUAAAAUCAAAACAUGUUCAUGUUGUACAGAUUUCGACGAACACACACAUUCACAAAAACAGAUUCCGAAUAAAAUACAACAUCUUGCGAAUAACUUUAAAAAUAAAACGAGAAAGUCAAUUAGUAAAAAUUCACAACCCAAAUUGCCAGACAUAAUGGUUACUUUGAAAGCAAUUAAACGUCAACAAAAUUUAAAUAAUAAACGGAAUAAUGAUAGAUUGUCAAUAAUAAACGAAAAUCUAAGCCCAGUAAAUUCACAACAAACUAUCUCACGUAAAGAAUCACAAAAUCUUACACUAAAUUCACCUAUCGACCCAAAUUCAAAAUCACCUGAACGAAUAAGUUCAUUCAACGAACUAAAUUCCGAUCAACAGAUAAAUUCAGUUGACGACCAAAAUUUUGAACAAAUAGAACAAACACAUUCAUUUAACGACCAAAAUUAUGACGAACUCGAACAAAUAAAUUCAUCUGAUGAUGAAGUAGACACACGACAAAAUUUGACACAAUUAAAUUCAGACGGAAACCAAAACAAUUCAAACAACGAUGCGAUCAUAAUAGCAAACGACAAUUUAUCUAACGAAGAAAUAGAUUCUGAUGAUGAUUCAUCCACGGUCCUGUUACAAGCGAAAUAG